AUGGAUUCCUAUUUUUCACAACCUCCAGCAGUGUCCGAAGACUGUGUUUAUUAUUCUUUGUAUUUUACGUUUCCCGAGUCUUUUUCUCAAGAGCAAAAAGAACAGGAACAGCAACAAUACAAGUAUCUUCAAGAGACAAAUACAAUAAUAUUAUCUGAACUACAACCGUUUCUUAAAAACUAUUUGUGGCAAAAAGAUCCAUUUCAGUUGAGAAUUGCUAGGAAGGAAGAAAGAGCAGCAGAUCAACUACCAUACUAUUUCUUAACUGGUCAAACGCGUUUUGGCGAUUGCAUCGAAGAUGAAUGGUUUAUCGUGUCUUUAUUGCAAAAGAUCAGCCUGAAAUUCAGUGAUGUGGUGAUUCGCGUAUCAGAUAAUGAUGGCGAGUUUCUACUUAUUGAAUCGGCGUUGCAGCUUCCGAAUUGGUUGGACCCUAGUAACGACCAAAACAGAGUCUUCAUAUACCAAGGAAAUCUACACAUAAUUCCUGUCAAUGAGACUUUCAAGAGUAAAUUGUGCCUUGAAGAAGGCGCGAAUAUAGUACGGAAUAAUCCACAAAUAACAAAGGCUGAUGAGGCGAUACAAAAAAUUGUGUUUAGUAGGAUAGCAGAGUAUCCACAAAAAGCCACCCAAUCUAUCCAUUAUGCUCGUGCUCACAUCCCGAAAGCUAUUGCUCAUAUUCUGUAUCAUAGACCACAGCUUGUCGCCGCUGCCGUUGAAGCAUUUUAUACGCGUGAUCCAUUAGCAAUGAAAGCAUGUUACAAAAUGGAAAGAUUCCCACCAUCCACAUCCAUCACAACAAUCGUGAAAAUGACCAAAACGCUAUAUGCACAACUCGUUAACCAACGAUUUCAUCCGCCAAAGCCGUUUAAAUUGCCGACACCAUCGGAGAACGCUAAAGCAUACAAAGCGGCUGAACUUGGGAUGAAAUUGGCUUGUGGAUUCGAAAUUUUGUGUAACGAUAGCUAUUACGCGAAUUCAAUAGCACCUUUGCGUACUCGAGUAUUCGGCAAUGUUGAGACAUAUCCAUUUGACUUGGACCCAGACUGGCACAUAUAUCAAGAGAAUCUAAUCAAACGCGGAUACUAUCGAGGCGAAUUACCAGGCUCACAAUUAUACAGAGAGCUUUACGCGUUUGCAAAACAACAGUACCUCAAAGAUCGUAUCCAAAGGAUGUUGUCCAGUCAAGACCAAUACGAGCAUGAAUCUUUGUCUCCACUAGACCAAAUAAACGAAAUAAUGGAAUUACCGAUGGAAUCUGACGAGGUUCUGGCUUCUGUCAAUAAUGAACGCGAGGACGACGAUGCAUGGAUGAAUAUCGAUUUUCGAGAUUUUGAAAGCAUGGUCAAUACGAUGGAAAGAGAUAUCAAAGAAAAUAAUAAUUUUGAUGUUGACGCAAAAGAAAAAAAGAAGGAUGCUGACGAAAACUUUGAGAAUAUAACAUAUCUAAAUAAAACAGUCGAGGAAUUUGAGAAGUUUGUUGAUUUUGAGAAACCGGGAUUGAUGGGCGCAGAAUUUUUAGACGAAUAUUCUUCGGAUGAAGAUAACAAUAACGACUCUGAAGAAGGGGGAAGCUCGAUUGAUGACUCAGAAGAUAAAGAUAUAUCGUUAGAUCCGUCGGAAUUCUUAAAUACAUUGAGACGGACACUCGGUAUAACCAAUGACGAGUAUCGAAAAAUGGUAAAUGAUAAGCUCAAAAAGACAAACCAGACGAAUCAACCCGUUAGCAAUCAACCGCCUACAACAAUCACCACAACGCCAUUAUUCAAUAGUAUUAAACCCGAUAACAAUAACACUUCAUUCAUCACCGACACAGAAAAAACAACCACAAGUAUAGAUGAUGACACCAGUAUCGAAUCAUAUAUGGAUGUAAUGGACAUCGAAUUAGCAUCCACAAAAGUGGCAAAAUCUUUUGUACGAGGUCCAAAAGAUGUUCAAAAUUAUCUUUCAGGAUCUAAUAAAGACAAAGAAAAAGGUAGAAGUGAUAAGAAUGAGGAGGAAGAUGACGAAACUUUCGCUCCCGUGAAUAUAGAAUUAAACACAGUCACGAAUUUACUCGCAAGUUUCAAAGCACAAGGCGGAUUGCCUGGGCCAGCGGGAAACAUUAUGGGGCGACUUGGUGUAAAUGACUUUUUCUCUAAUCUCCUUUAA